AUGGCAGCUACGGUCUUGGGCAAGCGUUCGCGCAGUGGUGCAGAGCCCGAAGCACUCCCAGUGCGCACGACAAGCAAGCGCCGAACCGUGGCACCUCGUGCCCGACGUGAAGAGGCCGCCGUUCCUAAGUCACUUCCUCGGACACGGUCGCGUGCAAAGAUCGCAGAGCCUCUGCCCGACCAGGAGAAUGGAGAUCUCAAGAAGACCUCGGACAAGGCGCCCUCCAAGCACACAAUUCGUGAGGAGCAGGGUGGGUCACCGUCCAAGAUCAACUCGCAUUUCCGCACCUCAAAGCUAGUGGAGGAGGAAACACCCGCUCCGCUUGAAUUCAAGACCCCACAGAAAGCACGCUUCCGAGAUGCAUUGCAAGUUUCACCAUCUACGCCUCGGCAUCGUGUCCAAGUCGGGGCAAAAGCAGUCACUCCUCGAACCCCUCGACACGCCGAUCUCCCACCUACUCCUCGUCAAAGUGCCACCCCAACCGUCGCACAAUCGGUGUACUCACAAGCGCGACAACUAUUUGCUCGGGGAGCCAACUCUGGACGGCUGGUUGGUCGUGACUCGGAACGAGAGAAGGUGGCCACAUUUAUUGAAGAUUGCGUGAAGUCUCAAAAAGGCGGUUGUCUUUACAUCAGUGGACCGCCUGGUACGGGGAAGAGUGCGAUGGUCAAUGAAGUGUGUCAAGACAUGGAUUUGUCAGAUGUCAAGGUCUCUCAUGUCAAUUGCGUGAGCAUGCGGAAUGCUCGCGAUGUCUAUAGCAAGCUCAUCCAAGACUUUGACGAGGGCUCGGAUGUAUUCAAAAAGAGUGAAGGAGACCGAUUGAAAGCCAUGUUUGUUCCAAACAAACCCAAUGGUCUUUUCCUCGUUUCGCUGGACGAAAUGGAUCAUUUGCUCAUGGGUGACUCGGGUGUUCUCCAGUCGCUGUUUGAGUGGUCGUUAUCAAACAAGUCAACCCUGAUUUUGAUUGGCAUUGCCAACGCUCUGGACUUGACCGACCGCUCGCUGCCGCAGUUGAAGGCAAAAAACUUGAGACCGAUCCUCUUGCCAUUCUUGCCUUACAAUGCGGCGUCUAUCGCGAAUGUUAUUACCAACCGUCUUCGGUCUUUGAUUCCCGCUGGCAUGGAUAAUGACCCGAAGUUUGUUCCCUUUUUGCAGCCUGCCGCUAUUCAGCUAUGUGCGAAGAAGGUGGCGUCGCAGACGGGCGACCUGCGAAAAGCCUUCGAACUCAUCAAGCGUGCGAUUGAUACCAUUGAGCAGGAGACUCAACAGAAACUCGAGAAACAAGCCGCCGAGGCAGAGAACAAUUCGAUACUCGCUGAGAAUGCGAAUCUCUCUUCUCCAGCAAAGGCAGCUCCCGCUCCCCGUCCAACCACCAUGUCAAGCUAUACCGCUAUCACAGCACCUCGCGCCAGUAUCGCACACAUUGCCCGUAUCACGACUUCGGCUUUUGGACAAGGUACCGUUCAAAGACUGAAGGGAUUGAAUUUGCAGCAGAAAGCUGCCAUCUGUGCUUUGAUUGCAUUAGAGCGCAAACGUCGUGAGCUUGACAUUCUAAGCACACCAUCCAAGUCUCGAUGUUCUGCUCCUACGGUCAAGCAAGCAUUCGAUACAUACACUACACUUUGCCGGAAUGAUAACAUCCUGCACCCUUUGACUUCCACCGAGUUCAAGGAUGUCUUGAGCAACCUCGAAACCAUGGGCCUUGUGGGCGAAUACCAAGGCCGUGGCCGUGGCGGAACUGUCGCUGGUGGGUCUGACAUCCGACGCACACCAUCCAAGUCGGGAAAUGUCAUCUCCACUCCCCAUAAGGGCAUGGAUGAGCAGGGUCUUCUCUGCUUCGUCUCCCAAUCAGAGAUUGAAAGCCAGAUUGCCGGUCCCGGUGAAGGGAUCCUUAGAAGGCUUCUUCGUGGUGAAGGCCUCUGA